AUGGCGCCGCUCACGACGACCAACACGGUGCUCAUCUCGACCAUGGUCGACGAAAAGGAUGUGCCCGUGGUCAUUCCCGCGCUCGAAGUUGAGACGUGGCCCUCGCAGAUGCUCAUUGGCAACGAUGCGCAAAAGGAGGUUCUCGAGCAGCUCACGAACCCGUCGCUCACGCCGACGCGCGAGGCGUUUGCCGCCGUCUUUGACAAGUACGUCUAUAAGAACGGCAAGACCAACAAGAUCCGCGGCGUGCUCUCGCCGCUAUUUGUGACCCAAGUCGCGGCGCGCUGCGUGUCGUCGGCGUCGCUCGGGCUCUGGCGGGAGCUCCGCGUGCUCAUCCGGUCGCGCCACCUCUGCAGCCGGACGCUGCCAUCGCUGAUCCCGACCUUGCUCGCCCACAAGCAGUGGGGCCUCCUGGAUACGAGUUUGCGCUGCCUCGCCGACAUUGAUGAAGCCACGAGCAUCCGCAUCAUCAAGUUUGUGCUGCGUCACGCCAACGCGGCCAGCGUCGCGCGCUACGAGAAGCUCACCAAGGACGCCAGCGUCACGACGCCGGCGCAGCUCGUCGACCACUUUCUCCACCUCGUGGUCGUCUUGCCGAAGACGGAUGUGUUUCUGCAGAAUGCGAUGGCGACGUUGACGCUGCCGGAUGUGCUGGCGCUCCUCGCCCUUCUGAAAAAGUGGUACGUGCGCAAGGACAUUGACCUGACGGCGGUCGUCGAGUGGAUGAGCUUGCUCGUCGACGUGCACUUUACGCGCCUCGUGCUCGAGAGUGACGAAGGCUCGAUCAAGCGCGUG